AAAGUAACCGAAUUAUAUUUCGGUUCGGUUCGGUUUUCGGUUAUUUUUUAAAUUUCCGAAAAUAACCGAUUUUAUGAUUUUUGGUUAAUUCCGGUAUAGGUUUUUAAAAAAGUUUGGAUUUUUGGUUAAAUUCGGUUAUUUUCGGUUUUUCUAAAAAAAAAAAAUCAAAAACCGAACCGAACCGAAAACCGAAUUAUUUUUUAAAAUCGUACCGAACCAAACCGAUCUCGAAAAUAUAACCGAACCGAAAACCAAAAAUGUCGGUUCGGUUCGGCUGGUACGGUUCGGGGCAAAGUCGCAGAGCUAAUUCUAACUAACAGAGUUUUUUAGUCAUCAAGUUCGGAGUGGGGACGGAUAAUACCCGAGCAAUCCAUAUAACAUAUAUAUAUAUAUAUUUACUUAAGUUAUAAUAUUUAUUUUAGUUUGCUGUAAAACUGAAAUCUAUAAUAUAUAUUUUACAUAAUUAGAAUAUAUUUUUAAAGCUACUUAUAUAUUUAAAUAUAAUUAUUUUAAAUAUAACAAUUUGAUAGUUUUCAUGCUGUAAGUUAAUUGAUUAUUUCAAAUCAUCACAUAUAUUUGGUAUUUUUUUAUUAUAUAUAUUUUAAAAUUAUUUCAUUCAAUUAUUAUGAUCCUGAUUCGUAAUUCAAAGCGUUAGAUUUCCUUUAUCAAUAUUUUUUAUGUUUAUUCACUUAAGAUUAUAACUAUAACAAUAUCUUAAGAUAUUUAAGUAGUUAAAAGAUUAUAUAUUAGCAUUAAGGAAAUACAUUUAAUAAAAAAUUAAAUGAUUAUCCAAAUAAAAAUAUCACACAUGAAUCAAGGUGAGUUUGUUAACCAAUCCUGAUUUUUAGGAGUCGAUAUUAUAUUAGGAAUGAUAUAUUAUUAAUCUGUAUUAUUAGUAAUAAAUGAAUGAUAACUGAUUUAUAGUGAAUGUCCAUUUUUAAAAAAAUCACACAUGAAUUAAAGUUGUGAUUUUUGUUUUAAUAUAUAAGAUUUUAGUUUGCUGUAAAACUGAAAUCUCAAUAAAGUGACAGUUUUUUUCUUUUAUUUGUUUAUAAUAAUACAAUUUUGUUUACUUUGGUAACUAUUCUUUUUACAACAAAAUCUGAUCGGAAACAUUGAACACAUCCCAUAUUGAAUAGAAAGUUCACAUUCUUAUUAGCACCUACAUCUUUUGUGUAUUUUUUUGGGUCAAAUCUUUUGUGUAUUUCAUGCACACUUUUUUUUUUUACAACUUUGAUAGCAUUAUAACUUGUGGGAUUUGGAUAAUUUAUUAUUAGGGGUGUUGAAUGUGGUAAAACCGAACCAAUUAAAACUGAACCAAAAUAAAGAAAAUAGAGUUUAGAUUUGGUAAUAUCGUAUAAAUUGAAUGUACGUUAUUUUUAAGAAACCAUAUUAUAUCGAUAUAGUUUGGUAUAUAAACCGAAUAACCAAUUAAUUAAAAUAUAGUAGAAUAGAUACAUGCAAAUUAUAUAAUAUAACUGAAAACAUAUCUACAUAGUUUAUUUUACUUAUAUGAUCUUGAUAUUUAAGACAUUAAUUUGAAUAAUUUGUUAAUUUACUAAGUAAAGGCUUAUACUGACAUAUAUUUGUGAUAACAUUUAGUUAUUUAAUAAUAUUAUGAUAUUAUUAAAAUUUUAUUUUUUUACGAAGAUUAUAAUAUUUAUUUAACUAUUUUUACAGCUAAAUAAAACAGAAAAAAUAUAUUUAAAAUUUAUAGUACUAAAAUAUAUUUAUGAUUUAUUAAAUCUGAUUUUAAUCUAUAAACUAAAAUAAUUUAAAUAUAAAUACAAUUCUAGUUUUUGGGUAUAAAACCAAAUAAACUAAAAAUCAACAGUAUAUAAACAAAGUUAAAGCAAAUUAGAUAUAGUUUUAAUGCAGUAGCUAAUUUUUAUAAACAAAAAAACUAAAAAUUUGAAUAACCAAACUAGAACUGGACCAAAUUCCGGAUUGAGCGGCCUUAAAUUAUUCUUGAUAAUAUUAAAUUUUCUUGAUAUCCUACCAUUUUUAUCUACCAUUUUAGGUUUCUUAUGUAUUUCUAAACAUAGCUAUUUUCAGGAAUUGCGGACAACCACGGAUCACAAUUGAUACCCUUGCCAAUUAUCCUACAUUUUAGUUGGUAGGAUAUAUAUUACAUAAAUUAUAAUUGACUUUGACGUAAUUACCACGAUGAAAGUUGGCAACAUUUGACCAAGAAAUAUUCAAAGUAACCGCACAUUCGCACAAGGCCAAAAAUUUCGUCAUUUUUUUUGGUUUGGCAAAAGCCACAAUUUUUGUUCUAUUUAUCCAAAUUUUAGACACUCAAAAGUGGCCAAAAUAAUUAAAAGUAAGAGAAAUGAAUAAAACGUAUCUUAUCUUUCUUCUCUUCUUUGCUGCAUCGUAUUCAUCACCGGGCGCUGCAGCAGAUCCCGCGAAUGUCUACGAAGACUUUGUCCGAUGUUUCAGGAACAAGACAAACAUCUCCGACAAGGAUCUAACCGACGUCGUUUUAUCCCGUACUAGCGAUUCCUUCACCCCUGUCCUACGCGCAUACAUCCGAAAUGCUCGUUUCAACACAUCAUCAACGCCGAAACCGUCGGUCAUCGUGCUGCCACGUGUUGACUCCCACGUCCAAGCCGCCGUGAUCUGCACUAAAACGCUGAAUCUCCAGCUCAAGAUCCGGAGCGGCGGUCACGACUACGACGGUCUCUCUUACGUCUCCGCCGUAACGUUCAUCGUCCUCGAUCUCUCUAACUUCCGAAACAUCACCGUCGAUAUGAAAGACGACGGAGGAUCCGCUUGGGUGCAAACCGGCGCUACGCUAGGAGAGCUUUUCUUCCGGAUCUGGGAGAAGAGCGAGGUGCACGCUUUCCCUGCCGGAAUCUGUCCUACCGUCGGCGUCGGAGGACACGUCAGCGGCGGCGGAUACGGGCACAUGAUUCGAAAGUUCGGGCUCACAAUAGAUUACGUCGUGGACGCUACGAUCGUCGACGUUAACGGUCGCGUUCUUGAUCGGAAAUCGAUGGGGGAGGAUCUCUUCUGGGCGUUACGAGGCGGAGGAGCCGGAAGCUUCGGUGUCGUUUUGGCUUUUAAGGUGAAGCUCGUGGAGGUUCCCAAAACCGUAACCGUUUUCAGGAUAGAUAGAACGACGGACCAAAAUGCCCUCGACAUGGUCUAUAAAUGGCAGUUCGUGGCUCCAAGAACCGACCCGGGUCUGUUCAUAAGAGUCUUGUUAGCCUCCCCGACCAAGAACAAGACGCAGACGGUGAACGCUAAGGUGAGAGCUUUGUAUUUGGGAAACGCCAGCGACGUCGUUUCGAUGAUGGCGAAGGAGUUCCCCGAGUUGGGUCUGAAGAUGGAUGAUUGCAAGGAGAUGACGUGGAUCCAGUCGCUCUUGUGGUGGAUGAACUACAAAGACGUGGAGAAAGUCAAACCGGAAGUUUUGCUCGAAAGAGAACCGGACAAGGCUAAAUUUGUCAAGAGGAAAUCGGAUUACGUGGAGAAGGAGAUAACCAAACCCGAACUAAACCGGUUGAUUCAGCAAUUGGCGACGUUAGACAGAACCGGUUUGGUUUUGAAUCCAUACGGAGGGAAUCUAAACGCGACCGCAACCAACGAAACGGCUUUUCCGCAUAGGCACAAACUAUACAAAAUCCAACAUUCGUCGACAUGGUCAGAUGCUAGACCAGAAGCGGACAGGCUUUACGUUGGUAGUUUAAGAACGACCUAUAGAAUCAUGACCCCGUUCGUGUCGAAAAACCCUAGGAGCGCGUAUUUAAAUUAUAGGGAUGUCGAUAUUGGGGUUAAUGACCAUGGAAAGGAUAGUUAUCGAAAGGGAGAAAACUAUGGGAGGAAGUAUUUUGGGGAGAAUUUUGAUCGGUUGGUUCGGGUGAAAACCGCUGUAGAUCCGGAUAAUUUCUUUAGGAAUGAGCAGAGUAUACCAACCUUACCUCGUAAGAGAAGGUAGAAAACUUUAGUUCAUGUGACCAUUGUUACUUUUCGUUUAUGUUUCUUCAUGAAACUUGGAAUAAAUUUUGUUUUCUAACCA